ACUGUCAACAUCAGCACUUACAAAGUAUAGGUUAUAGCCUUCUUUGGAAUUAUUGUUAUUAUUAUUUACAUUCAUAUUUAGUUUGUAUAGAGAUCUGUUUAAAGACUAAAAACCGAAAUAAGUUGAACAUGGAGCCCACGUCAGCAGAAAGCGAUCAGUGUUUAGAUGCUGAAAAAGCAGAGGAGCCCCCGCUUCUGUCCCAAACCGAAAAAGAAAACAGUAUCCAGACAGACAAGGGGAUCCAGAGGGUGCAGCCCUCAGUUCACCAGAGCCAGCAGUUAUGCCGUUUUUACUCCCAGGGAAAGCACUGUCACUAUGGGAGGAGGUGCCGCUUCAUGCACCAGAGAAGUGAAGCCACUGAGGCACUGAGGAGUUUGGAAAACAUGGGUGAGGAGAAACCUGAACCCCCCAAAGACAAGGAGGAAGAUGCCAGCAGAGACCAAAGAGACGGCGAUCACACGCACCAUCAUUCCACAGGCCAUAAGAUCACUCCAGGCAAACAGGAGAGAACCAGGAAACCCUGCCGGUAUUUUCUGUCUGGGUUCUGUGCUAUGGAGGAUAGGUGUCGUUUCUGGCACCCCCAGGACCUCCCGCCGGUGGAGGAUCAGCAGGGCCCCAAGCCCAUGAGAAGCACCAGGCCUGUCAGCAGGGCUCCCGUAACUCGCCCAUCAGCGGUGAAGGAGGAGGCCAAACUGGCCGACCUCACUGAAGACGUGUGCAGGGAGCUUCGCGACACAGAGAUCUCCCAGCUUAUGAAGAGAUUUCCAAAGGACAAACUUAUUGUGCAAGAGAGAGAAGAUGGCAAGCUCACAUACUACAGAGUCACAGUGGAGGCCACUGAUCCAGACUGGCCUUUUGACUUGAAAGAAAUUGACAUCAUGGUCAGUUUUCCAGACAACUACCCUCAGGAGGUAUUCACAGUGGAUGUGCCAGAGGAUCAAGACUUGCCCUCUGUGAUGGGAAGACAUGUGCAGCAGGCGUCUCAGGAGUGGCUGCAGGCCAAGCAUGCCACUGGUCAGCUGAUGGGGAAAGUGGAACUGCUGUUUCGCCCGUACCUCCGCUGGCUGGACCGCAGCAUGGAGAGACUUUUCACUGAGGGGGCCAGGCAGCUGAAAAAAGAGAUAGACAUGGAAAAGGCUGGAAUUCAGUUUGUGCCGUACCAGCAACUCCAGGCAGUCGUGUUGAAGAAGACAGCUGAUGGCAAACCUGACGCAGAACCUGAUGAUCCCGCCCACUCUGGAGAAUCAGAGGGAGAGAGUGAGGAGGAAGAGGAGGAUGACGGAGAGGAAGGGAUGGAGCAUGCAGAGCUUGGCAGUGACGGGGAAGAGGGACGCAGCCGGCAGGUGGAGAACAUUAAAAGCAGCGAACCACGCCGGGGCACAGAGAUCAAACUGCAGGGGCUGAGUCUGGGAGAGAACACUGCUACUGUGGUGGCCAGAAAUAUCACUGUAUCCCUGCAGUGUAGCAGGUGUAAGGUGACCUCUGACCUGACUCUGAGUGGUCGUGUGCCCUGCACUGCUCAGUGUGAGAAAUGUGGGGCCGGGAUCUCUGCCACAUUCAGACCCAGCAUGCUGCACCAUUACAGCGACGUACUGGGUUAUCUGGACCUGAACGGGGCAGUACCAGUAGACCUGGUGCUGCAGGCCUGUGACCUGGUUGUGGGCUGCCUUAGCUGCUCUAGUGAAGACAUUGUUCAGAACGUGUCUUAUGGUCAAAACAAAGAGACAAACUGCCAGCACUGUCACAGCAAACUUGCUCUCAAUGUGGACUCCACAAGCUUCAAAUAUAUCCAGCCUCAGUCAAGGAAACCAGCAGGACAGAGUGGAUCUGCUGCAUUUGGUCGCCAAUACUUUAGGGACCCUGCUGUGCAGCGUGGGAAACCCCUUCCAGACAAAGGUGCCUGUAGGCAUUAUAAACAGAGCCAUCGCUGGUUGAGGUUUCCGUGUUGCGGCCGGGCAUAUCCCUGCGACGUGUGCCACGAUGAGGAUCAGGAUCACCUGAUGGAGCUGGCCACCAGAAUGAUCUGCGGUUUCUGUGCCAAAGAACAGCCUUACAGUAAUGACAAACCCUGUGUGAGCUGUGGAGGAAUGAUGACUAGAACAGCCUACACGAGCCACUGGGAGGGCGGACUGGGUUGCAGGAACAAGGCUAAAAUGAGCAGGAACGAUCGUCACAAGUACCUGAACACAUGUAAAACGGUUUCAAGAAAAGCCAAGGCUGAGAAGAAAUAAAAGAAAUUGCCUUAGAAUCAUGCCUGUAUUCAGUUACAAAGAGAUGUUGGAUGAAUCAACUGUAUAAAUCCAAUGAAUCAGUCAUAUUUUAACAGUCAGCAGUGAUUACAGCCUCAAAUUAGUUAAAUUUGAUGGUUCCUGAACCUCAUUAAAGUAUAUUUAAAUCACA